AUUGUUGACACCGCCGCUGUCAAGCGUCAGUUAGCUGUCAGUGUCAGUUUUGGCGCCCAAAAAGUUGAAAAUGUUGUGGGCCGAUAAGUACCGCCCUAAGGAGCUCUCGUCCCUCAGCUACCACAAGCAGCAAGCCCUCGAUUUGAGGAACCUGACCAAGGAUGGUGACUUUCCCCAUUUGUUGGUGUAUGGCCCCCUUGGGGCCGGAAAGAAGACCCGCAUUAUGUGCCUUCUGCGUGAACUGUACGGCCCAGGUGUGGACCGUUUGAAGGUCGAGACCAUGAAUUUCACCACACCGUCAAACAAGAAGCUCGAAAUUAGCACAGUCGGGAGCAAUUAUCACAUCGAAGUGAAUCCCUCGGACGUUGGUAUAAACGACCGUGUUGUGAUCAUGGACGUGAUCAAGAACGUGGCCCAGAGCCAGCAACUCAACGCAAACACGCAACGCGAAUUUAAAGUUAUCCUGCUGACCGAUGUUGAUAAUUUGACCAAGGAUGCCCAGCAUGCCCUUCGCAGGACUAUGGAGAAAUACAUAGCGAAUUGUCGGAUUAUUUUAUGCACUACGUCCAUUUCGAGAGUUAUUCCGGCGAUAAGGUCCCGGUGUUUGUGUAUUAGAGUCCCAGCGCCUAGCAUUGACGACAUAACUUCGAUUCUAACAAACGUGGCAGCGAAAGAAUCAGUGUCGUUGCCUCCAGAACUUGCAAAACGAAUCGCUGAGAAGUCGGACCGCAACCUACGACGCGCCCUUCUCAUGUGUGAAGCUUGCAAAGUCCAAAAACAAGGACUGGUAGCAAGUCAAAGUGUUAGUGAACCCGACUGGCAGAUUUUCAUCCGGAACAUUGCCAGUAAAAUUGUCAAGGAACAAAGCAUUGCCACUUUGGCCAAAAUUAGGGAGAAUUUGUACGAGUUGAUCAUUUUUGGCAUUCCGUCCGAAAUCAUCUUCAACACUCUUCUCGAAGAAAUGUUGAAGAAUUGUGACCUGGAGCUCGGCCGCCAAAUAGUGGAACAGGCGGCUUUGUACGAACACCGCAUGGCGCAGGGGAACAAGGAGAUCUUCCACUUGGAGGCUUUCGUGGCCAAGUGCAUGUGCUUGUACCAAAACAUGAUGCAAGAGCUCAUGGCUUGCGAGUUUUAAUUAAUAAAGUUGCUUAAUUAUUA